AUGCCCGUUCCGAAACACGAUCCCAUUGUGCUGGUGAUCGAUUUUCACCACGCACGGGGCCCCGAAAUAGAACAUUGCAUCUCUGACGAGGGUACGAAUCCCGCCGUGGAAAAUGACUGGUCAUUGCUGCCAUUUAUGGCCCUCUCCGACGGUGCUCAUCUGUACGAGACUACCCCUCCUUCCCCUCCCAUGUGUUGUGAACCCGGAGUGCAAUUGUUGAUUGUGCUGAGGCUGACUCGUAUGCGCCGUGUCUGGGAUAGGUCGACGGAGGAAUUCUCAUAUUUCACUUUACGUCAAAAGGAGACGCCUGGGGUUCCUGCCAGGUCGCUAUUCGGUAUCGCGUGCUCUCGCCAGAUCGAUUCGAAGCUCUUGAUUAAUCGCCCUCCGGAGGUGACCCGGUCAACAGUCCAGAAAGCGGUGGUUGUUGUGACAGAUAGCCCGCAAAGGGUGGGACAAUUAAGAGAGAAGCUUUCGGUUGUGACAUCGGCCUGGUUUGCACAAAGAGAUUUCUCGGAUAUUGAUAUCUUAAAGAAAUUCCGCGAAGGCCUAGUCAUUAGUCUUGGCAAUGAUGAGUCGAAAGACCAGAAUCUGGGUCUCUCCUUGCGAGAAAUGAUUCACGAAUUCAAGUACCAGACUCUGGUCCUAUUCAAGGGGCUGCUGUUGCAACCGAAGAUGCUGUUUUUCGGUACUCGCUGCGAGCGCCUAUGCAUGAUUCAGUUCUCACUUAUUUCUCUAAUACCCGGUCUGAUAAACAGCCUUGAAGACUGCGCAGACCCGUCAUUUAAUACCUACGAAGAAAAUGUGGAAAAGCCCACCUCGCUCAAGACAAGCGAUCGAAGCUCUUUGCUGGCGUAUAUGGGUCUUCCUCUACAGAUAUUUGGCAAAGGGAGUAUGUUUGGACCAUAUACCCCUUUGCAGCAGCUGGAUCUGCUGGCAGAUGAUGGCACAAAGUCGUAUGUGGUGGGAUCAACGAACUCUCUUCUUCUUCAGCAGAAAGAUCGCUACAGUGACAUAUUAAUCAACCUUGACGAAGAUACCAUCAACAUAUCAUCACCAACACUUCGCAGUGCGCUUGCGUUGUCGGUUGCUGACAGGCGCUGGAUAGAUCUCUUAACCCAAAUUGUCAAUGAGACUUGGGUUGACGAGGACCCGUCACGCCCCAAAACAUUGGGUUUCAUGGGGUCGGAAGAGUUCAUUCGAUUACAAUUUGAAGAAUAUCUUCUCGCGCUACUAUCGAGUAUGAAGUACCAUGAAGAGCUCACCACCAUUUCUACCGAGCCAUCGAACAGGAGUAGAGCUCACCUCCAGACUUUCAACAUCGAGGGCGACCCUGCCCUGGACUUCAAUGUCGAGUUCCUCUACCAGUGGCAAAAAACCCCUAACUAUGCUCUUUUCUCACGGUUGACCUCAGAUGCCCUCCUGUACUCCAUUACCGAGCCGAAGCAUCCCAGCGCCGGUGGAUUAACCAUAGAAGACAUCCAGCGCCGAUUAUCUCAACAAGUAGCAGACCUCCACCUUGACGAGCGGGUCCGCGAAGGCCGGGAAGCUCUCAACCGUCAGCUUGCUGCUGGUCAAAAGAAAGUCAGCGCGGCCUUCAACAGCUUCUGGUCAGACAUUGAAACAAUGCGCGAGGCGCAAAAGAAGCGUAACGAGGAAAAAGCCGCUUUAUCACAACGUACUUCGAUCGACACAUCAGUCUCACCACCAACGGCCUCAGCCCAAAGCUCCCCCUCCGAAGCCUCAGGCUGGUGGCAAGGCCGUCAAAGGCCCUCCAUUGACCUCUCCAACGCUCAAACCACCAUGAGCGCCGCCAGCCAGAAAGCCGGUUCAUACUUAAGCUCCUGGAGCUCCUGGGCCAGCGAGAAGCGGAAAGAAUGGCAAGACAGGCGUGCAUCGCCUAGUAGCGGCGUGAUACCCUCACCAUCGACCCCGUCUCUUCCCGCCGUUACCGAGGCGGGGGAGGCAGACCGCGAGCGACGGGACUCGAUCUCUCGCCACAGCGAGGACGGCGGCAGCCUGACUCGCAGCCUGAGCCGCCGAAAGCGAUGGAGUAAUAUAAUUCUGCGUCGUGAUAGCGGCGAGUUCAGUCUGCCCAAGCUCGACGAUAACAACACGUCGGAUUCCGACGUUCCAUUCCCCAGAUCCCCGCUAUCACGGGGUCUCCCGGCCUAUGAAGCUGGAGAGCAAGUUAAAGAUGAGGUCGAGCCCUUAGGUCUGUCGCGUACCGAUAAGGGCCAUGUUGAGCAGUCUAUCGACGCGGAUGGCUUCUCCUCUGUGGUUCUCACACCUAAUGAAGGGCUGCGUGUGGAUUUGGAUCCAAACCAGCAAGCCGCUCUCCAGAAAUUGGAUGCUCAGCCAGAGGUGUCUGUUACUGCACUGCCUGGAAAGGAGAAUGAGUCUCCGAUGCAUGGUGCUCCCACAACUGCAGGGCCAUGA